CUCACACACAACCCACGCUCAUCCACAACUAUAUACUAUACUCACAACACCUCAUGGCUUGCACCGACGAUCGCUCUGCUACAUGAGCAACCUCUACCGGUCAUGCCAUGACAACAAAGCCCUGCCCACAAUUGGUAUCCUCAGACACCCAAGCACGAUAGGACAAAGCUCGCUCUUCCGAAGGAAGAGUUGAAAGAUCUUCGAUGAUUGCUGGAUCCUCGAGUCUAUUCAAUCGGAUUCAUGAAUCCGAUUCUGCAAUUAGAUCCAAGAUCCAAAAUGAGAUCGAAAGGUUUCCAGAAUUCAGGUAUCAGGCCGAAUUUCUGAUCCGGACCAUUCCCCAUAUGAGUCCGGAGGACAGGAGACUCCUCAUUACCAUCCAUCUGCAGACACAAGAGCAAAUGAACAAUGGCGACUACUCAGUCGGCCACGUCCUUGUAAUGGAGAGAGAGGAGACUCCACAUUACCAUCCAUCUGCAGCCACAAGCGCAAAUGGACAACGGCGACUACUCAGUCGGCCACGUCCUAUGGAGGAGCGGGACCGCGCCUACGUACUGGCAACAGGCGACCUUAGCAAAGAUAUCCAAAUAUGGCCUGCUAUCUUCAGAAUAGAACCGAUUCGAAAACCGACGUUUCGAAACGAACAAAGUUUGCUCAAGAGAUAUCAACUGUUGUCUCUUACUCACAUCAUGGCGUCGCGUCGCAAUGAUCGCGCCACGCCACAGACACUCCGCCGUAGUGCCCGUAUUGCGGCCAGCACACCCGCGAAUGUGUCUCUCCGUUUCUCCUUGGAGUCCGUUCGCGUCCCCGGCCGGUCAUAGCACAAUGUAGCUCUCAGAGCUCGUCCAUGGAGAGCUGCAAUCAGCUCAUUGAUCACUCAGAUCUCAUUCUGAGUACAAUAGCUAUCAUCAACAGCUACAAUCAGCCUAUGAUC